AUGAAUAUCAAAUUACAUACUGUCAUUAAUUUGAUUUUGUUCGUGCAAGUCUGCAUUUGUCUUCCAGGUGAUAUGAUAAUAAAUGGAAGUGUAGUAUCAUAAAAAUAAUUUCAAGCUUAGAAGAUUGUUACAAACUAAUUGUUUGCUUAGUCAAUAAUAUAAGAUAGUUAUCUGUGCACUGCUUAAAAUAUAUUUUCAGAAUAAAUAGUGACUAAUGAGAUUUCUCUUUCAAGAAUAUUAGUUACCAAUCCAAAUGGUAUUUUAGAGUUAAAUGGCGACAUUACUAUUUAAUCUCUUGAAGUAGAGGAAACAUUAGAGAUGACCAGUUUUUUGCAAAGCAAUUAGUGGUAGCUUGCAUAUCAUGAUCACUUUGAAGAUAAAAAAAGCUUGAUAGGCUGGAAUAUUAAUUAAAUUUAAUUAUGUGCUAAGAAAACUGGUGGACAUGAAAAUAAUCAAGAUGAUGAAGAUCAGGAUUAUUUCUUAGGAGGUCAUUGUGUUGGGCCUUCUGAUUUGAAAUUAUAAAAAUUGUACACAAAUCUACCUAAGCAUAAGAACAUUAAGAUAUAAGCAAGAGUACACUUUUUUGACAAAUGGGAAGGAGAAAGUUUAUCACUUUUUGUUGAUGAUAAAAUGGCUUGGACUAAAGUUAUUGAUGGAGAUAAUGCACACUUUGAUAUAUGUGGAGAUUCUUCAGCAGAUCCUCACUUUGGAUUACCUGUAGAAAUAACAAUUCCACAUAGUGAAAGCUAAGUGAAUAUUAAAUUUGAAUCUAAUUUAGCUAAAGAUAGAUGUUUAGCAAGUUUUGCUAUUGAUGAUGUUGAAAUAUUUGUUAGAUGA